UCGCUUACCAAGUGUAAACUAACAGGAACACGCGGAAGUGAGCGGGGCGGGCUCUAGCGCAGUUCGCAUUAUUAACCCGGGCGGGCGAACUAGCGGGAGGUUUAAACGACCACACUUGGGCCAAACUUAAAUAACCAACUAUUACAAUACAUCGCGCCUUGUAAAAACCAAACGGAGAUGUCACGGGAACGACCCUUGCAGCAGCUCCCCUGUCUGAGUGAGCAGUUGGACGGAUCCAUGCUUUCUCAAAACAAACCAAUGAAAAUGCUGGACAAAGAGAAUACCCCCCAGGAACUCAUCCAGUGCUGGUCACCCCCCCACAAACUGCCCCGCAUCUCAGCCCGGGGGAAGGAAAACGACUUUGUGCUUGGCAGGAGGCCUCGGAGGAGGAAAGAGCCUACUGGGCUGUCCUGGGACCAGCUUCCUGAUGAGCUCCUUUUGGGAAUCUUCUACUGUCUGUCCCUGCGUGACCUCCUAGACAUGGCUCGAGUCUGCCGUCGAUGGUGCCGUCUGGCGUUUGACGAGUCCCUGUGGAACAGUGUGGACCUGUUGGAUGUGGUCCGCCUGGACGCAGCGCUGUCCCAGGUUCUGCCAGCAGGUGUCCUGACUCUGCGCUGCCCUCGCUCCUGCAUCGGGGAGCCCCGCCUCGCUCGGGCACCGAGUCUGCGUGUACAGCGCAUGGACCUCUCUAGCUGCAUCGUCUCGCCGUCUGUCCUCGGGGACAUCAUGUCCCGUUGCUGCCAUUUGCAGGAUCUCAGUCUGGAGGGCUUGGAGCUUUCUGACGGCAUCCUGCUAUCCCUGGCUCAGAAUCGGGACCUGGUCCGACUCAACCUGUCGGGCUGCUCUGGUGUCUCCCCGCAACCGCUGGGGGACAUGAUCCGGGCCUGCACCAGGAUGGAGGAGCUGAACGUGUCCUGGUGUGACUUCAGCAGCGAGCAUGUGAAGUCGGUCAUCAGUAACAUUGCCGCGGACAUCGCACAGCUCGACAUCAGCGGCUACCGACAGAACUUAACCAUGGAAGAUGUGAAGGUUCUGGUGGAGCGAUGUCCCAAGCUCACACACCUGGAUUUAAGUGACAGCGUGCUGGUGACACCCGAAAGCUUCCAGUUCCUCCGCAGCCUGGCCUCCCUGCGCCAUCUUGGACUCAGCCGCUGCUACCAGAUCCACCCGGCGGCCUUGGCGGAGCUGGAGAAGCUUCCGGCGCUGCGGACGCUGGAGGUGUUUGGCCUGGUGCAGGAGAGCUACCUGCCGGUCCUGAUCAAGGCGCUUCCCCGGCUGCUUAUCAACACGCGCUGCUUCUCCACCGUGGCCCGGCCCACACCGGUGGACUGCAGGGAUGGUGCCGUGUGGGGGGUGCGCUGCCGGCUCUCCUACAGGUCCUGACGACGCUCCCGAAAAGCUCACAGUGUGGGGGGGAGGGGGUAUGAGAAAAUGGAGUGAACUGGUAAAAAAAGGAAGAAUAACAGGACUUAGAAAAGAAUCUUUGCAGAAAAGGGAGCCGUCGCACAACUUGACAGCUGCAGGUCUCCAUCUUUGAAUCCAGACUCCUGCAAGUUCGUUGCAGAACGCGUUGUGAAGGCCUUCCCAGAUCCCUGAGCUUCCAGGGCCCUUGUGAACUGCUUUCCAGUGCAGAGUGGGUGUGGCUUCCCUGCCAGUGAGAACGGUGUCAUAGGGCAGCUGAAGCCUUGGUCCAGCCGACCCAUGGUGGGGGGGGUAUCACCACCCAGUCUCACUUCUUGUCAUUUCUGCUGCCAGGUUGCUCAGACGGGGGGGUGUUUCCUCGGAUGUAGUUUUUAAACUGGAUUAUGACAUUUUGUCUGUGACAUUAACAUGAUCUGUGCAUCAAAGCAUGUAAAUAAACUAGGUUUUUUUUUUAAAGUGAA